GAUUUUCUACGUCACCAUAGUGAGAGCGAAAAAAAUACGAAAAAAAUGAGCGAGCAAAGAGUAGCUCCACAACUCCGGCGGACCCCAGACACGAGUCAACCGCCGUGGUGUGCAGUGCAGAACAUCACCGACAGCCGUAUUGAUCGGGUGUUGCUAGUGGUACCUUGCUCUCGCAAAAGUUUACGAUUUUAGUUUUCCUGAUUCGAGCUUCUGUAGUCACUUUUUUCUGCAUCAUCAGUGCAAAAUUUGAUGGUACUCGUUUCGGUUUGUUUUCGAUAAGUGCUCUUGUUUUGUUGAGCGACGACGUGAAGAAACUUUUAAAAGUGGUGUUAUUUUAGCAAACUUACAUUAUACCAAAGAAAACCAGUGAAAUUUACAGUGCAGUCAGUGGUGAUUCAAAAUAAACGUUGCUUAGCUACAAAAGUGGUGAGAUCAGAGUAAUUACAGAGCGGGUUUUUUAUAUGGAAUCUCCAACGAUUUUCGGAAGCCUGGUGUGUUUGUAAAAGUGAAACAAAAACGAAUGAAUAAGUGAUAAACCUGCGAUAAAAGAAAAGUUGGCGAUAAGCAACCGAAAGAGAAAUAUCAUCUUCAAAUAAAGAAAUAUAAAAAUAUCGCUUUGAUGUGUGCUUUAUGAUCUGCAAGUGAAAAUUGCAGCCGACAAAAAAAACGUAGAAAAGUGCCAAAAAUUGGAAAGUUUUAUUGAAUCUUGUGAAUGGGGCUUUAAAUCCGCAAUCAGUUCAGUAGAUCUCGGAACCGGAAAUAACGUCUCGAAGCAAGGAUCAGACGACGAUCCAAUUCUACAAAUUCGCAAAGCGUAAUUCGAUGUGGAUCAUACCGAACAAAGAAGGUCGAUGAUGAAUAAUAUCUACACGGAAUCACCAAUUUGAAACAAAGUUUCAAUAAAAUGGGCCAGGAGAAAUCACUGCCCUCCAGAUGUACUUCCGCACAUGACUAUCGGCAUCACCACCACCAUCACCAUCACCACCACCACACAACGUCCUUGGCUUCUUCAACAGGAUCCAAAUCUUCCGGUGCGCCUUCCCGCUCUCCUUCGACUGCUUCGACGACCUCUUCGGCUUCGUCUGCUUCCGCAGCAUCCUCGUACAAGAGUGUUGAACGCCAAACGAAAUACCUAAACGAGCACUUGUACAUCAAGUCCUACCUGGACAUAGAAGAAGAAGAUCGAAACGCAAAAUUACUUUUCCAAAAAGUGCGACCCGGUGGAAUACGCAAUUAUACACCGAAAAUUCUCUCCGAAAACAACAAAAAAGAUCUUGAUGUAUGGAUAUAGCAGCCCGGCAACCCGCACGUUCGCUGAAACUAUCACCAGAAUAGAAGCUGCUUAUAAGAAUACUAACAACCGUAUAAACGACUCUUUCUCUCUUUAUUGCCGGCCUUGUCAAAUCUUUCCCAUCGCUAUACCAUUCUAAACAAUUUUUUGGCAGACCUGCUUGCAAUACUAGUUCUCUCGUGCAAUGGCUCUUGGACUCGCUUCUGUAGCGGCAGUAGCUGGAGGACUCACGCACACCCCGAUAGCACUACUGACUCUCAUACCACUUAUAGCUGUAGGAGUCAAUUACUAUAGAUACCAAAGUGUGGAUCCGGAAUCGAGCCCCAUCGACCAACAAACACUAAGACCCUACUAUGACUUUAUUGUCAUUGGCGCCGGAUCUGCUGGUGCCGUCAUGGCUUCACGACUCACAGAGAUAGGAGACUGGUCUGUGCUACUACUGGAGGCAGGUGGCGACGAGACGGAAGUGACCGACGUUCCGUCGCUGGCCGGUUAUCUACAGUUGACGGAAUUUGACUGGAAGUAUCAAACGGUACCGCCAGGAGAUCGGCGGUACUGUCAGGCAAUGAUAGGCGAUCGAUGUAAUUGGCCUAGAGGAAAAGUUAUGGGAGGAUCAAGUGUGCUAAACGCAAUGGUAUAUGUUAGAGGUAAUCGAAGGGAUUACGAUAGCUGGCUAGAGCAAGGGAACAUAGGAUGGGGGUAUGAAAACGUCCUACCAUAUUUUAUCAAAUCGGAGGACAAUCGAAAUCCUUACAUGGCACGGUCGCCAUAUCAUGGAGUUGGAGGAUAUCUAACAGUACAGGAAGCACCGUGGAGAACACCAUUAUCGAUAGCGUUCGUUAAAGCCGGCCAAGAAAUGGGUUAUGAAAACAGGGAUAUCAAUGGAGAGGAACAAACCGGCUUCAUGCUGCUUCAGGCAACGAUGAGGCGAGGUAGCCGCUGUAGUACUUCUAAAGCAUUCCUACGACCGGUGCGGCUACGAAAUAAUCUCCACACAGCAAUGCAUGCCCAUGUUACACGCAUACUUUUUGACAGAAAUAAUCGAGCAUAUGGCGUUGAAUAUUCUCGCCACGGCAAAAGGCAGCUGGUUUUUGCCAAAAAGGAAAUCAUACUUUCGGCGGGAGCGUUGAACACUCCCCAAAUAUUGAUGCUGAGUGGCGUUGGACCGACCGAGCAUCUGGCCGAGUAUGGAAUUCCAGUGUUGUCAGAUCUUCCUGUUGGUGACAACAUGCAGGAUCACGUUGGCCUAGGCGGCUUAACCUUCCUCGUGGAUGAACCAGUGACGGUAAAGACAUCUCGCUUCACUACUUUGCCAGUUGCAUUUGAUUACAUUUUCAACGAAAGAGGUCCGAUGACAUUCCCGGGAAUUGAAGGACUGGCAUUCGUCAACACCAAAUAUGCCGAUCCAUCUGGACAAUGGCCUGAUAUUCAAUUCCACUUUGGACCAAGCUCGGUGAAUUCGGAUGGUGGACAAAACAUCCGCAAAAUCCUGAAUCUUCGUGAUGGGUUCUACAAUACGGUUUACAAACCCAUACAAAAUGCAGAGACCUGGACAAUCCUACCUCUCCUAUUGCGACCGAAAAGUACUGGCUGGGUACGAUUGAGGUCACGAAAUCCGUUCGUGCCUCCUGCUCUCGAACCAAACUACUUCGAGCAUCCAGAGGAUGUUGCGGUUCUAGUUGAAGGUAUCAAAAUAGCGAUCAAUGUAUCGUACACCCAGGCAUUCCAGCGCUUCGGGUCGCGACCGCACAAAAUUCCGCUGCCAGGCUGUCGGCAUUUGCCAUUCAUGUCCGACGAGUACUGGGCGUGCUGCAUAAAACAGUUUACUUUCACUAUUUACCAUCCUGUUGGGACAGCUAAAAUGGGACCAAGUUGGGAUCCCAGUGCAGUGGUCGAUGCCCGAUUACGGGUGUACGGAGUUUCCGGAUUGAGAGUAGUAGAUGCUAGCAUAAUGCCAACGAUCAUCAGCGGCAACCCCAACGCACCGGUUAUCAUGAUCGCUGAAAAGGCGGCCGAUAUGAUCAAACAGGACUGGGGUCGUUGGUGACAGUGAGGACCAUCGAAGAAAAUUCACAUGUGCCUAACAUUUUUCGACAAACCCGUGAAAAAUUGUGUACUUAAACAAGAAGAUUUUCUUAUGUGAUAUUAUAGCUCAACGAAGGACACACAAAAUAUCAAUUAUAACUGCGGUGAGCUCAAAACGCAUAACAAUCAAGAGAGAACGCCGAGAGAAUAUAGUUUAAUCAAUUCCUACUAGUCAGCACUUACGAAUUAAGUGAUCGAAGUGUUACUGAAUGCAGAAUUUGAGGAAAUAGGAAAAUUUGUCUUAAAAUUUUGCAUUGCUAAAGGUUUUUGUUUUAAAAAAUGCUGUUAUAGGACAAUGAAUGACGUAAAGGUAUUUCCUAUUUAAGAAGAAACUCAUGCAUGAGUGAUCCAGCAGCGAACUGUCGCCUGGGAAAUGCAACAUGAAAUUUGGUGUAAAAAUAAUUGCAAGUGGAAACUGUUCAAGUUCCAACGGAUGAAAAACGUUACCAGUAAUAAAACGUGAAGAUAAUA